AUGGCGCUCUCUCUGCGACAGAAGCAGAUAGACGCCAUCGUGCGCAUGCUCAACCUCAACAGCCCCGUUAUAGUCACGGUGGGCGGCGGGCUGUCAUCAGACGGCGACGUGUACAAGGUGCUGCUGCUCGAUAAAUACUCCCGCGACCUCAUCUCGCCGCUCCUCAAGGUAUCCGACCUGCGCAAGCACGGCAUAACGCUGCACCUGAUGGUGGACGCGGAGCGCCAGCCCAUCCCGGACGUGCCGGCCGUGUACUUCCUGCAGCCCACGGCGGGCAACAUCCAGCGCCUCGUGCAGGACGCCACGCGCGGCACCUACGACAAGAUGCACCUCAACUUCACCUCCUCCGUGCCGCGCCUGCUCCUAGAAGACCUUGCAGCCGGGACCCUCAAGGCCAACGCGCUGCACCGCGUGGCGCGGGUAUUUGACCAGUACUUGGAGUUUGUGUGCCUUGACCACGGGUUGUUUUCGCUCGGGCAGCCCGAUAGUUACGUGCGGCUGAACGACCCAAUGGCGAAGGACAAGGACGUGGAGGGGGCAGUGGAGAGUAUUGUGAACGGGCUGUUCUGCGUGCUGGUGACGCUGGGAGUGGUGCCUGUGAUCCGCUGUCCGGAGAGAGGGCCAGCAGAGAUGGUGGCCAGGCAGCUGGAUGCGAAGCUCAGGGCGCAUCUCGCCACACACAACAACCUCUUCAAGGAGGCAGCGGCUGGGGCGCUGGCAGCAGGGGCAGCGGCUGUGGCAUCUGGGGGAGGGGGGGCGGGAGCGGGGGCAGGGGGGGCCGGGGCGCUGGGGCUGUUUCAGCGGCCGCUGCUGUUCAUAGCGGAUAGGAAUUUCGAGCUGGCGGUGGGGGUGCAGCAUGAGUGGACGUACCGACCGUUGGUGCAUGAUGUGCUGGGCAUGAGGCUCAACCGAGUGAGCAUUCACAAGGGCGGGGCGGCAGGGGGAGCGGGGGCAGGGAGCGGGCCGCUGUCGCCUGUGCUGAAAGGAGCUGGAGGGGGUGGUGGCGCCAAGGCGACCAGCUAUGAGCUGGAUGACUCGGAUAGCUUCUGGGUGGCGCAUUCGGAGUCCCCGUUUCCCAAGGCGGCUGAGGCGGUCGACAUGCUGCUGAAGAAGUGGACGCAGGACAAGGAGCAAGUCAACGCCGCGUCGCCAACAGGCGAUGCAUUCUCAGAGGCAGAAGAUGAGGACCUGAUGGGGCGCACGAAGCAGCUGUCGGCCGCCAUGAGCGCCGUGCCGCAGCUGAUGGAGCGCAAGCGAGUCAUCGACAAGCACGUCACCAUCGGGGGCACGCUCCUCGAGGAGAUCAAAUCGCGCGCACUCGACGCGUACUUUUCCAUGGAAGAGGAUUUGCUGACCCGGGGCAGCACGGACCGGGCGGCGAUGCUCGACUUACUCAGGAAGAGGGGCUCCAAGGAGGAUAAGCUACGGCUGGCGAUAAUCUACCUGAUGGCCACGGAUAAUGCAAGCGCGGGGGAUGUGGAGGCGGUGGAAGCAGCGCUGAGGGAGCAGCAGGUGGACCUCGCCGCUCUGCAUUACAUCAAGCAGGUGAAGCGCGUCAACUCGAGCUUUGCUGCUGUGGCUGCCGCGGGGGGUGGGGCGGGAGGAGUGGGCGGCGUGGGCGGCAGCAAGGACGAUCUGCUGGAUUGGGCCGGGCGGCUUGCUGGGCAGGGUUUGUCACGUGUGACUGCUGGUGUGAAGAAUCUUCUGGCUGGGGGCAGGCAGCUGCAGCUGACCCGGGCAGUUGAAGCUCUCAUGGAGGGCCGACCCGGGCAAGAUACAGACUCUUUUCUCUGCCUUGACCCCAAGGCCCCCAAGGGGGGGAGCAGCAGCACAGCAGCAGGGGGCAGUAGAGGGGCGGUCCGGGACGCUAUUGUGUUUGUGAUUGGAGGGGGGAACUACAUGGAGUACGGGGGUCUGCAGGAGAUGGCGAGGAAGGCAGGAGCGGGGGGCGGGGCGGCAGGAGCACGCACGGUGGUGUAUGGGACGACUGAGAUGCUGGCGGGGAGUCAGUUUGUGGAGCAGCUGUCAGAACUGGGGAGGAAGAUGGGGUACAAGGCCCCUCCCCCACCUCCUGAAUCUGUGGGGGGAGCAGCGGGGGGUGCUUCUGGAGGCCAUAGCACUGUGCCUGCAGCAGCUCCCCCUGAAGCGCUGGCCGCUUGCACCCGGUGCGGCACCAGCAGCCAACACAUGACUUCAGAAAAGGAUUGGUUUGAGGGAUUGGAGAAGCUGAACGAACCUGUUUACGUGGAGCUUGCUGACGGAAGCCACUUGUUGAGCUCGAUGGCGGGAACAAUUCGAGCAACGGCACCCGGUGGAACAACAGUGCGCUACACGGAAGUGCUCUACGUACCCGGCUUGAAGUCCAACCUGCUCUCCUAUUGCCAACUGUACAAUAAGGGAGCACAAAUUCACACACGUGAGGAUGGGCACACGGAGAUCACAAUGACGGAUGGAGAUGAGCAUGUACUCAUUGGAGUUGGAAUGGUCAUCCAUGGGGUGUUAAUGGUGCAAUACGAGCCUGCACUUGCAUCCGUCCAUGAAUCUGGUCAUGAUCAUCCGAAUGAUGCAUUGAAUGCGACUGAUCUUGAAGGGCUGAAUGUGCAAUCUGCUCAUGCAUCCAUCACAUAUCGCAUGGCCCACAAGCGCUUGGGUCACCCAUCAUACUCAUCCAUGGAUGCAACAUUUCGCAAUGGAGAUGUUGAAGGACUCUCCAUAUCCGACAAGACAAACCCUCUCAAACCCCCGUGUGACUCAUGUCUUCGAGGGAAGAUGAGCAAGGCCCCAUUUCCCACAGGUGGUGACAAGCGCACAACUCGACCUUUGGAGCUCGUGCAUAGCGACAUCAUGGACUUGGGUGAAGCUCACCCCUCACUUCGCUACGUGCUGACGCUCAAGGACGACUACACCAACUACCUGUGGGUGGCGCCGUUGGCUCGCCGAUCCGACAUGGCAGCAGUUUUCUCGGCUUGGCAUCGCGAAAUGAAGACCAAGUUGCCCACGAAGCCGCUGGCUGCCUUACGCACGGACAACGGGGGGGAGUACACCGCAAAUGCUUUCACGGAUUACCUGAGCUCUCAUGGCAUCAUACUCGAACGACAUCGCUACACGGAAGAGGUCUUACCACACAUUGCCGCCUGGACCUCUGGGGAAGGAAGCUUUGAGUCCAAGUUUGACUCAUUCCCGGCAUCACCACCAUCCCCUACAUCGCCCACGGACACAUCCACCACACACGGACAGGAAGCUGACACAAAUCAAGCAGAUGCAACCAUUGACGACAUAGCCGAUAAAGAAGAAAUGGCUGCAGCAAGUGACUUACCUCCAGCUGGCGUCUCUGUUCCUGAAGGUGCUGAAACCAACGAAGCGGAGAAUGACGCGCGUCAUCUUUAUGACUUUGCCUACGCACCUGGUGGGAUCGAGCUGGCAGAUCAAGACGCAGCUCCACGGCGGGUUCACAUCAACCCAAUUGUGACUGUGCUUGGAGGAGAAGGACAAGGGAUGGACAACAUCACAGGACUGGACGUGCUGUUUGGGAAACGACAGGCAACACAAACGUUCAACACCCUUCCCAACAUGCAACACCAUGUGCUAGGAUGUGCAGCGGCCGGCGUCCCCAUGGUGGACCUAACGUACAAAGUGCCAAAAACGCUCAAGGAGAUGGCAACAGACCAGUACGCACCUCUUUGGCAAGCCGUUGUGGAUGCAGAGUUGGCCAAGUUCGACGAGCUGGACGCAUACGAAGUGGUGGACAGAUCGGACGUACCCAAGGGCACGCCAGUAUUGACGGAAUGA